AUGUCCUGCUACGACCUGUACCCCUCCUCUGCCUGCGGCGUGCUGCGGCCCCAGCCCCUGGCUGACAGCGGGAACGAGCCCUGCGUGCGCCAGUGCCCCGACUCCACCACCGUCAUCCAGCCUCCCGCCGUGGUGGUCACCUUCCCCGGGCCCAUCCUCAGCUCCUUCCCGCAGGAUUCCGUGGUGGGAUCGGCUGGAGCGCCCGUCCUUGCAGCCUCUGGGGCCUCCCUGGGCUACGGGGGCUACGGAUAUGGGGGCUAUGGGGGAUUUGGCUCCCUGGGCUAUAGGGGUUAUGGAUCCCUGGGCUAUGGGGGUUAUGGAUAUGGGGGCUACGGGGGUCUCUAUGGAUAUGGGGGCUACGGAUGUUCCUCCCUGGGCUACGGGGGUCUCUAUGGAUAUGGGGGCUACGGGGGUCUGGGCUCCUGUGGGGGCUACCGUGGCCUGUAUGGCUCUGGCCGAGGUUUUGGCUCUGGUUACUGCAGCCCCUACUCCUGGUGGUCCGGCCGCUAUGGCCGCGGCUUCUGGGGGUCCUGCUGA